GACUUACAUUCUGUCCAACGAGCGACCCUCCGUGCAACAACGCCUGAAGACACCGUCGACUAACCGUACCGCACAUCCCGCCACCAUGAAACUCCUCUACAUCGGAAUCCUCAAGAACGAGGCGAAGCCCGCCGUCGAACUAUGCGCCGAGCGCGAUCUCUCCUCCUACUCCCGCUUCACCCGCACGAGCGUGGGCGAGUUCAUGUCAUUGUUCAGCAAGACGGUGGCGGAGCGGACGAAGCCCGGCCAACGGCAAGACGUCGAAGAGCAGUCCUACACCUUCCACGCCUAUGCACGCAGCGAGGGGGUGGCGGGGAUCAUCAUCAGUGAUCAGGAGUAUCCCGCGUUGGUGGCACAUCAGUUGCUAGGCAAGAUUCUGGACGAGUUUAUCAGUCAACACCCGAGGAGUGCCUGGGCAAACAGUAACCAGGCGGUCAACUUCCCACCGCUCAAGGAAUACAUUGUCAAAUACCAAGAUCCGCAGCAGGCCGACAGCAUCAUGAAGAUCCAGAAGGAGCUCGACGAGACUAAGAUUGUCCUGCACAAGACGAUUGAGAGCGUGCUGGAGCGAGGCGAGAAGAUUGACAGUCUGGUCGCCAAGUCUGACGGACUGAGCGCGCAGAGCAAGAUGUUCUACACCCAGGCGAAGAAGCAAAAUUCGUGUUGCGUGGUCAUGUGACGUCUCGCUUGCAUUCUACUUGCAUUUACGAGGAGCUUUAACGAUGUUUUCACGGGCGGGCAUAUAGAUGGCCUCAUGAGUAUGCGGUAAUCGACAGAGAAUGGUAUGAAACUUGUU